UACAACCCGUCAUUAAACAGGAAGAAGAAGAAGAAGAAGGUUUCCGGUGCAACAGCUAGGCAACACUAUGCCUACUGCUGUGAUUAUGGAGGAAAAUUUUGAUAAGUUACUGGAGCAGUGCGAAUCUCAAGAGCUCGAGGCUCCAGGAGGCAUUGCAACACCGCAAGUCUACGCUCAGUUGUUGGCGCUCUAUUUACUUCAUAGUGACAUGAAUAAUGCCAGGUACCUAUGGAAGAGGAUUCCCCAGUCAAUAAAAUCGACAAACCCUGAAUUAGCAGCAAUUUGGACUGUUGGCCAGCGCAUUUGGCAGCGAGACUUUCCAGGGAUCUACACUGCCAUUGCAGCUUACCAGUGGACAGAGACUAUUCUUCCAGUCAUGGAGGCCCUUCGAGAGGGCACACGACAGAGGGCGUACGGCCUUGUAGCCCAGGCCUACACCUCCAUCACAGCAGAAGAUUUCGCUGCCUUUGUGGGCUACUCUGUGGAGGAGGCAGUAAAGGGUGUGGUGAGUCAAGGCUGGCAGGCAGACCCCACUACCAGGAUGGUGAUGCCCAAAAAGCCAGAUCCUCCUCCCGUCUCAUUGGUUCCAAAUGAGCAGCAGUUGGCCAGACUCACUGACUACGUGGCUUUUCUCGAGAACUGAUAACCCUCCACAGCCACUGCCACCCCUUCUGGCCCGCUUGGUACUGAGGGAGGAUACAAGUUUGGAUAAACUGGUCCUCCUUCCUGUGUAGUCCCAUUCCCUGAUAAAGACAUACCAAAAACACACCCAUCAUCUGCAUGAAUGCUGCAGGUUCUUCUCUAAGACUUGCUUAUUUAUGUCUGUUGUUUCCACUGUUAAUUCAUAUCUUGAAAAGUGGUUAUCUUUCAGAUGUUUAUUUAUAUUUUUGUGCUCUUUGUAACCCACCUGAUGUGUAAAUUUGGGUCUAAUUUCAAAGUAGGUAUUACAGAAAGUAUGUUACACAUCACAAAACCUUUCCCACACAACACAAAUACACAAACCAGUAUGUAAAGUCUGUCCAUUGUCUUUUAACACUUAAAGGUUGCCUUGAAAUUAAUGUCGUUAGGUAAACAGAAGUCAUGGCAUGCCUGCAUCAGCAUGUGGAUCUCAGUGCUCAGACUUCAUAUUGUGAAGUUUAUGUUUUGACUGGUGAAUAAAUAUUUUGCUAUUUCUAAAUUAGUAUUCUUUUAUUUUUGAUAUUCAGGAGUUUUAGUUCAGCUAUGUUGCUGCGUUACAGAGCAGGCUGAACUCUGUCAGGGAUCAUCAGAGUUUUCCAGUGUCACAUUUGUCUGAUAAUGGAAACACGCUGCCUUUUUCUGUGGCCUGGCCACAUACAUGGGGGAGAACGUAAUGUGUGAGGAAGCCUACUGAGUUCCUGCUGGGUCAUGGUCACAUUAGACCAGCAGAUAAUUUGAUAUUGGAGCAAAGAAAGCUCAAAGCUCUUUUGUUUCCUCCUCAAAAUGAGGUGAACUGUUUUGGAAAAUGAAAUGAGUUGUGGUUUAACCAGGGCGAUGUAACAUUACCACAAAGUUUCAUGUCAUGACUGUGCCCAAAAGGUUGCUUUACAAGAACACGCAAAGCAACGAUGAAUGAGAUUAAAACAUUGUGUGACCUGAGGAACACAACUUUUUUGUUCACUUCUUCAGAGUAAUACUGAAAGAUGUCUGUAUAUUUAGUUAUAUACAGUACUUUAUUACUUCACUAUUGUUACCAUUAGGACUAAUGCACUCUGGCUCUGUAAUUAUACAUUUUAUUUUGUAAAUGCACAUCUGGCUGCCAUCUGUUUAUUAGUACAAAAAAGCUUGG